AUGCCGCCUAGGAAGGGCGUUCGCAAAUCGAUGCCUGCACGCAUCAAUCAUCUCAACAAUGCUACCUUGACCCCCUCACGACGCUCGCCCCGGGUGCCUACCGGGGCCAAAUCUACAAAUGGCAGCCCUCCGUCCUCCAAAUCCCUCGAUCUUUCUUCCACCACAUCCUCACCCGAAGACCCUUUCAACGUUGAUUUCUACAAUCCCAAAACCCCUUCUACAACCCGGAAGAGCAGGGAUAUCUCUCCGGAUGCGCCUUUGACUGGUCGACGGCCAUUCCAAGCGCGUCCGUCCCGACUGAGUACUGUUUACACGCCGGUCGUGGAAACAACUCUACACUCCAGUCAGAGUAGUCGCAGGACACGCCGCACAGCUGCACUCGAAACUUCUCAAAACGAAUACUCAGACUCGGAAUUUCCAGAUACGCUCGGUUCAACAGGUUGGACCUACGAUCAAUAUAUGGGCGGCCGCGGCUCCAACGGAACAAUGGACCGCCACACUUCCCCUGGUGCCUCAUCUAAGGGCACCAGAACUUCUGGUCGCAUUCGCAAACCGACCAUGAAAGCCAUCGAGGCCAUGGAGUCGAAGCCAAAGCCUCGCAACACUCGGAAAUCCACACCUGCGUCAACCAAAAGACAGACAGAGGAAAUGAUUGAAGCCAUGCCUCCUUCUGCGCUUCUUCCGGCGCCUACACUUCCGCCUUCCCGCACCCGUGCCCGUGCUCCUAUUCAGGCUCUAACGCCGAUCGUGCGCAAAGGUAAAAAGGUCUCGAAAGCAAAGAAAGGAAAGAAGAACUCUAAGCCAGAGAAGCCGCAACUUCAACGGAUUCAGAUUGAUGUUGAACGCGCAGGUCAGAAAUUGUAUGAACUUGCCGCCCUUGCCUUGGGCACGGAUUUUGUGGCCCCGCCUGAUGCCGAGGAGUUCAUCAGAAAGGCCCGAACGGAGUACCGAAAACUUGAAAUGGAUGAGUUGAUUGGCACCCCGCGAAAUUUUGAAAACACACCAAAAGAUGCCAAAGCUAAGGCAGACUCCAAGUCCCAAUUCUUUGACAGCUACAAGAAAAAAACAGCUCCCAAAAUCGAUGCAGAUGGGUGGAUUCAUUCUGGCUGUAUCAAUAAAUUCGAUGAAGAGGUUGUUCUCUCACCUGCAGAGCACAGCCCUUACCGUUCCCCCCACACCUACGGAGACGAAAACCUGCCAUUUCCGCCCGUGCGCAUCCGAUCCGGAAAGCAUGUUGAGAAUGACAAUGCACUCGGUUUCCCGCCUCUCAUCGGCGACCGCAACAUUCCGUUUGACUCUCAGUCGCAGUUUCAGCCAGAGGAUGUGAUCGAGGAGAAAGCCAAGGCGAAGGCUCGCGGAGAGGCGUGCAAGAAAAACACCAUCAAGCCAAACCCCGCACAGACCGAGCACUUGAAGAAGUCUGCUGCUCGAAAGCGUGGUCUGGCUGAAACCGAGUCAGAGUCAACUAAUGCCAUUGCUUCAGUGGCCCCUGGGGGCCCCAAUCCUAGAAAGCGUCGCCGUGAGGAGCGCGUCUCUAUGCCCGCAAGGGUUUCGACUGUCAAAAACACUCGUUCCAAGACUCCGAUUUCCCAGGCUUCCAAGGCGACCAAAACAACCGCUGCUGCGCCUGGUCCGACUCUAGAGGCAAAGCCACAGUUCCCGCGUCUGAGGCUGACACUGAAGCCUCAGAACGAGAAGGAGCGGCAGAAGUCCUCCAGCCCUUCCGACGACUCAUCUGACUCGCCCGUGGAAAAAGCGCCUACCAAGAAAUCUGCGGCUGAAGGCCGUCGCAAGCGUGUCAUCGACAUUACCUCGGACAGCGAAGCUACAAAGGAGCCUAUCGUUGCCAAGGGCAAAAAGAGAGUCGCCGAUCUCAUUUCGGACGACAAAGUGAUAGGAAAUUCAAAGACGCCAACAAAGCGUCCACGCAUUGCAGCUGAUUCCGAUGCGGAGUCUACCCCCACGGCGCCCAAGGGCCGCGGACGUUCUGCAACCACCACCAUAGCCACCCCAAAGGCAGCACAAGGCCGAGGGCGAGCGCGAGGUGCAUCCAAGGCACCCUCGACUCCUGCGCGGAACCGCAAGCGUGCAACCUCGGCCCCUUCUAUCCGUGGUCGUGGUCGUGGUCGCGGCCGUGGUGCUUAA